AUGGCAGCUGAACUCAUCAUCAACUCCAGGCAAAAAGAGGCACCGAUCAAUGGCAUCUUCACACAAGUUGUCUGCACAGCGUUCAGCAACCACAUCCUUGUGGUGCUCACACAGUAUGGAAAGAUAGGGACAAUAAUAUCUCUGCUGCCUGAUGCGACAUACAGUGACAUCAGCAAACCCAUGUUCACCACAAAAGUGCUGCUAGGGAAAGAUGAAGCUCUGACACAUGUUUAUGCUAAAAAUCUGGUGACUCUUAUCUCUCUAGCAGCAAGGAAUAGACCAGUCCUGCUGGCAUCGGCCCUCAAAGAGAUCAACAUUGGAGGCAUAAAGGCCAUGAAAGAGAUGAUCAAAAGCUGCCAAGUCUGGUAACAAGACAUCAAGUAGGACGUGACACAAAAGACUCUGGGAUUCAAGGAACCAAUUAGCCAGAAGACAGAAGUGAAACUGUCGACAUUGCUGACAAGCCUAAAUUUAGGCACUUCUGCUGCUCUGUGCAA